AUGGCUGCAUCUGCAAUCAAGGAAAAAAUUAGCCUGGGAGUUUUGGUAGAUGAAAAGAAAAACAAAGUAGUGUUUGUCCAAGCAGGGAAGGACUUUGUGGAUGUUCUGCUAAGUUUCUUAACCUUGCCGUUGGGCACUAUUGCUAGGCUUGUGUGUAAGGAAUCAAACAUGAAGAAGGUUAGCAUUGGAAGCCUAAGCUCUUUGUACGAAAGCGUGACCAAUCUUGAGGCAAAGCAUUUUUGGACAGAUACAUGUAAAGAAAUGUUGCUUCAGCCAAGGAACUCAAUGGAAAGCUGUUGCCAAACUCUUAAACUUAAUAUUGAUGACACAGAGGGAAAAAUGCACUUCAUAUGUGAGAACUUGGACUGCAAUCAGCAACCUAGUGGUGGCUUGUUGAGCACAUUCAAGAACCAAAGAUGCAAAUGCGGGGAUCUAAUGAAUGGAGUGAUAUCUCCUCCUAAUUCACCGGCAAAUGAAGGGUUUGUUCCAGAAACAGCAACUUUUAUCAUUUCAGAUGACCUAAAGGUGAAGCCUGAUGAUUUUCAAAAUUCAGUUUGUCUACCCAUAAAUCUUGCAUACGAAGACUUCGAUGCAAUCAAACUAGUAACUGUUGAUAUCACACAGAAUGAGAUACUGGAUCUCCUCAAGCGCUCCUUAAUCUCAAAAACACCUUUAACGGACGUAUUAUUGGUGAAGAAACAGUUCAUGGAGAAUGCACAACCAAGGAGUGUAUCGGAUUUUGAUAUUGGUGAGGUUGAAGCUGAAGCUGAUUUUGUGGACUUCAUUCUUAGUUUUUUUACUUUCCCCUUGGGAGGGGUGGAACAUAUGUUAAAUGGGAACUCUUGCUUGGCCAGCAUUGAUAAUCUAUACAAGAGCAUCAUUGAUUUGGAUCCUUGCAUAUAUUUGAGGUCCCCCGAUUUAAAAGAUAAGCUCGUUAAACCUCAACUUGCACACAAAUUUAAGCUCAACAACCAGAUGUUACCGUUUGAUGAAGUGCCUAUUCCGGAUUACACUUGUUACAGCAAAAAAGAUAGGAAUGGAAAUGUAAGCUGCUGUCUAACUCAUUUACGAGAUUAUGGAAAAUAUAGUUCAUUUGCAUUUGCUCCAUUGAGCUAUUUAGAGCCGCAGUCAUCAACUGGCGAAAUAUAUAGCAGAUGUGGCGGAAGAGGAUUCGUCAAGAAGCCAUCAUUCUACAUGGUGACAGAUAACUUGGUCAUCACUCCAAGUGCAACCUUCUCUGUCAUUUCCUUACUGACCCAAUUGAGGAUUCCUCCCUCUGAUUUGGAGGAAAGAGUUGUCGACAUUGGCAAAAAAGAGGGUCUCAGUCUUCUGAAAGCGUCUCUGCUCUCAUCAUCUACUCUGACAAAUGGUCUUCGCCACUUCCUUAAACCCACCAAAGAGGAGAAUUUUACCAAACUAAAGAUAGAGAUGCCUUUGUUCAGUUGA